AUGCCGCCACAUGAGCUUUAUGUGAUGAGUUCACCUUGUCCUUUCGUAGAUUGGGGCAUGGAUGUUGUUGGACCAAUAGAGCCAUCAGCGUCGAAUGGUCAUCGAUUCAUUAUGGUCGCUAUUGAUUGCUUCACUAUGUGGGUCGAAACGGCUUCCUAUAGAGCCGUCACCAAGAAAGUUAUUGCAGAUUUCAUAAAAAAUAACUUGAUUUGCAGAUUUGGAGUGUCGGAAUUGAUCAUUACUAACUACGGGGCAAACUUGAAUAGUCACUUGAUGAAUGAGAUUUGUGAUCAGUUCACAAUUAUUCAUUGCAACUCAACCUCAUAUCGUCCACAGAUGAAUAGAGCCGUGAAAGCCGCCAAUAAGAAUAUCAAGAAAAUCUUAAGGAAGAUGGGGAAUGAAGCUGUGAUACCUGUAGAAGUUGAAAUGCCUUCCCUAAGGAUCAUUUCAGAAGUUGAAUUAAGUAACGAAGAAUGGGUUCAAGCUCGCUAUGAACAACUCAUAUUGAUUGAUGAGAAGAGAAUGGUUGUCGUAUUUCAUGGUUGGUUAUAUCAACAUAGGAUAGUUCGUGCUUUCAACAAAAAAGUAAAAGCUCAAACAUUUGAAGCUGGACCAUUGGUUCAAAAAUGCAUAUUUCGUCAUCAAGAAGAGUACAAAGACAAGUUCGCUCCAAAUUGGCAAGGACCAUACAUAGUUCGAAAGGUACUAUAUGGAGGAGCCCGGGAUGGAAGGUCAAGAGUGGACCAAACCCAUCAAUUCUGA